AUGGCACUCGGGCUUGGAGCCCGCCUGCGAGCGACGUUCAGUUUGACCUCAUGGCUCAAGAAUCUCCUGCUCCGGGUCGCCUCGGCGUUCGCACGCCUGAGACUCGGUUCAACAACAAAUGCUCUGCUCCAGACCAAGGCUUCUAUCUUUGGAUUCCGCCACAGCUCCCAAUUAGAUAGCGGGCAUAUCAGAUUGCUACGCCUCCCAGUCUCAUCUGCCUGCCCCUCACCGUGUCCCGAGCUCUCGAUCGAGACAUUCCCCGUCGUCGGCUGCCCUCCAUACAUCGCCCUGUCCUACACUUGGGGGCCUCCCGAGCCUUCCAUGACACCGUACCCCCUUUCCGAUCGCCGGAUCAUCAGGAUAGAUGGUCGCCCGUUCCUUGUGUUUCCUAACUUAUUUGAUGCUCUCACGCAACUCGUCAGCGCGCGCCCUGGGCAGUACGUCUGGAUCGACGGCAUCUGCAUCAACCAAGCCGACCUCGCCGAGCGAGCUUCUCAGGUAUCCAUCAUGAACACAAUCUAUGCCGGCGCCGAGGAGACCGUCAUCUGGCUGGGCUCUUCCAGCCCGGCCACCGAACGCGCACUGUCCAAGCUGGAGGAAAUGGCGACGAAUGCCGAGUCGCAGAUCGUGAAAUGGGGCAAGGAGCAGUCAUUCGGCGAUGCCUUCAUCGCUGACGACGCCCAAGCCCUGGAAAGGAGCGGUCUCCCUCCCAUGACACGCAGCGACUGGUCCGACCUAGCCGCUGUCCUCACAAGAACUUGGUUCAGCCGCGUGUGGAUCAUCCAAGAAGUCGCCCUCUCGUCGAAUCCCACGAUCCUUGUCGGUCACCGAUCCAUUCCUUGGUCUUCUCUGGGCAACGCCGCCCUGCUUGUCGUAGGGUCAAAUGCCAUCUCUGGUAUUAUGGCCUUUGGCUCGGGUGUGCAGGAUUUCAGCCUUGUUCAGGGCGUCGUCUUCGCCACCAACCUGCAGAUUCUGAGGGAAUGGUGCCGCGGCGACGAGAGUCCAUUUCGAGAUGUCAUAAGAAACCAUGAUUUCUUGGCCGGCAUCGAUAUCGAUGACCACUCUCUUAGUGCUGCUCUGCUGAAGGUCCUCUUGAUCAGCAAAGGAUGCCAGUCGACAUGCCGCCAGGAUCGAGUAUAUGGCCUGCUAGGAAUCGUCAACCACAUCGCCAAGUGGACAAAUGCUCCCGUUCCUAGUCUGGCGAUCAACUACUCGUCUUCUCCCGACAAAGUCCUCACGGAUAUUGGUCUCUUCCUAUAUCACGAAACUGGGUCCCUUCACCUUCUGUCCCUCGCGGGAGAAGCGAGCAGGUCCCGCGUCUCAGCCACGACAAUCCCAAGCUGGAUCCCAUCCUUUGAAAUUGCCCACGUACCCAUCCUAGGCCCCAAUUAUAAGAGAGUCUCCAUCUUCAAUGCCUCCGGCUCCUACACGGCGGAAUUCCAGUUAGACAAGGCUCAGCGUCGUCUAAACGUCAAAGCCGCGAGCCCCAAUCUCGGCUCCAUCGAAGAACUGGGUGAGGCCUGGCCCGACCUUCUGGCCGGGAAGUUUCUCAACACCAUCACAAUUCUCCUGCACUGCGGCGAGACGUACAAAUCUACGAACCAGCCUAUUGUCGAAAGUCUCUGGCGCGCGCUCAUAAUGGACACCAAUCUCUUCGAGCGCCCCGCACCCAGCGCGCUCUCCUCCUCCUUCAAAUCGUGGUUCCUGAUGCUCACCGUCACAGCCAUCCUCAAAGCAUUCAUCAGAACCCCGCGCUUUGCACACGACAUCUUUGAUUCUCUCGAACCACUCUUCGUCCUCUCCAAUUCCCGCGAUUCCACAAAUCUUCUACCGACCUCCGAAGAGAUGAUCCAUCUGCUCCGCCGUUUCGGAUGCUUCCCAGACCCAGCUGUGCCGGCCAUGACCGAGCCAGAGAGAAACGAGUUCAUGGAGCGGCUCGGCCGCGAAGCCGAAUCCUACGAGGGCCUUGUGAGGGCGACCCUCCCGUUCAGCAGGCGGCUAGCCAGGACGGUCAGAGGCUUGCUCUGCCUUGUCCCGCUCACGGCUCAGAUUGGCGACAGGGUCAUGAUAGUCAAGGGAUGUCCGACACCUCUGGUCAUGAGGAGGGUCCCAGAGGAGGAGGAUGCGUUCCGUUUGGUGGGCGAUACGUACGUGCAUGGGGUCAUGUAUGGGGAACAUGUUGCAACCAAGGUAUUUUGGAGAGAUAUUGUCCUGAUUUGA